AGCCGGAUGUAAUUUUUAAUGGCCGUCUAUUUGAAAUGAUCACCGGUCGUUCUUGAUGUUCUCGUCACACACCAUGGCGAUAAACAAUAGUUUGACAUUCAAUCUACGUUGAUAUCCCCGUGGAACACCAUAGGUCCAUCUAUUUAACAUCGGUUUGUCGUGUUCACCUGAAUCUGCACUGAAAAAUACGUUUUUCAUUUUUAUUUCUGAAUUGAUUUUAACUACAUACCAGCAUAAUUAUUCAUUAUGCUGGUAGGUAUUAAUUGACUCAAUUCUAAACUCAACUCAUACACUUACUCAUAACAGUCAGUUUGCUUCCAACUACUCCACAAGUAACAUCAUUUCAUAAAAACAAAUCACACAAAAAAUUCAAAAAUCAUGUGCCUUAUAAAAGAAACCUUGCAAUUUGUUUGCUUGCAAUCAAAAUCAGAAGAGAAACCAAUUCUUGGAGGAGAUAACAUCAUAGUUAUCAUUGAUUUACUAAACUACCACACUGACAUUCAGCCUUAUCAAAAAUAUUUGAUAGGAAUGGCUGAGUUAAAGGAGAUUCCAAUGCGCACACACUUCGAAUAUGCAGAAUACAACAACAAUAUUGACAUUGAUUAUUGGGUGCAACUGAUAAGAUCAACAAUAGCGCCCGGAUCAUGGAUAGUCUUCGAGGAUCGCUUCUAUCUGGAAGGCUUUCGCAAAUUGUUAUCUGACUCAUAUCCGAUUAUAGUGCGACGCUCUCAGUUAGAGCAGCACAACACAAAGGAACAGAAUGCGACGAAAAAUCUUACAUUGGUUUGGAAGCAUGCUUUGCGCUCUGUUAUAUCUCAAGCAUGAGAUAUUGUUGAUUAAUUAUUACGUUUUUUGCCAGUCUGUGUAAUGUUUUCGGUUUUUACGCACAGACAAUAUUUAGCUUUGAGAUUUUUAUACUCUUUGCGUUUUAUUUUGUGGUUGAAAGAGUAAACUUUGAAAUUAAAUAUUAAAUCGGAAGAUAAUUUAAGCUUCUCAUAAGAAAUAUCUGAAAAAUCUGCUAUAAUAUUGUAGAUUAUCUGUAAAAUGUUAUUAACAUGUUAGGUAUGGGUAAAUAUGACGUUGGCAGAUGCAGAAAUUAAUAUAAAAUUGAUUAUUGAAAAGUUUAAAGUUGUAUCUCUGUUAGUUUUUGAAUUAUGUGUUAAAAACUGAAAAAAUGUUUUAUCUGUCAGUACAACACGCCCACAAGUUAUAUAACGGUUCAGAAAGCUACCUACAGAUGGCCAAACCAGAAGCUUUUAGAUAUUCAAGUGCAAAAUGUAAACAUUUGAAUUUAUAAUGUUUUUAAGGCGUUUAUAUUAUCAAAAUUAACAAAAACAAGAAACAUUUACUUAAACAUGAUCGCCCAAUGCAAAUUGUUUAUUGUAAUCUAUUCUGUACGAUUGGUUGAGUGUUUUUGUAGCCGCUGCACUCGUAUUCGUCGUUCACGUUUCCAGUUUCGUUGCGUGCGGUCGGUUUCCAACCCCACCUUGGCACAUCCAUUCCCUUCGCUAGCGUCUGCUUCGUCUGCCUGCUGCAGGCGCAGGCGGUGUGCGAUCAAUGUGUUUACAUUCAGCCUCGACGGCUUCAGCACAGCCGCGUUGAACCGCGCUCCGUGAGCCCAUGAAAACGAACGUACAAACGAAACUAAAAACGAAUUUUAAAACGUCAAACGUGAUAACUCAAGCAAUAACACAAUUGUGCACUACAUAAACGCCCACUACAGACAGGAUUAUUAUUGAAAUCAAUUAAAAUGUAAGAGGGUUGAACCUUCUGCAAGUGUAUAACUAGUGUAAACCAGAACAAGGUGUUAUUGGAAUAUUGGAAUAUUUUAUCAUUUAAUUCAACGCUGUAAUAAAUUAAUGAUUUAUCGUGGGAGUGCGCUGUUCGUGCGUGAACGCCGCCGCCGCCAUUCGAUUCAAUGCUCUCGACAUCGUUGAGACAUAAAAUGAUAUUUAAUUAAAUCAACUCAUCACACACAAGAAAAAACAUAAAUUAUAUAAAAUGGAGGCAGAGGAAGAUCAACAGCCACCAAUAAUUGUAAAUACAAAUGAAGAAUGCACGAUAACGAAAGAAAAUGACGUAAACGACGAAAUUAAAAUGGCGAUUCAAGAUGGCGACGACUGUAAUACAACGAUUCAUGCAUUUAACAUGUCGCCAACUUCCCUGAACGAAACAGUCAUAGAGAAAGAGUUUAAAGAUUGCCCGAAGAGCACUUCUUGUGAAGGUAGUGAUAGCGGUGUCGAAGUGGUGGAACCCUGCACUUUGCAACGUACAAUCAGCUCUAAUAGUCAAGAAUUCGACAAUGACCACCAUUUCAAAUCACUAACUCCAGCGCAAAGUUGUGAUUCGUCUAUAAUCAGUUGCUGUUCGAAUUAUGAAGAUGCUUUCAACGUGCUGGUACGACGUAAUUCUACACUGUUGGAUGAUUAUAAACUACGCUGUGUUGAUGGUACAAGCGAAAAUGGCUCGGAGUCAAGUUCGGUGACGUCCACGUGCGUGACGAAACGCACUAGUUUAGUCAACAAGAAGAAGGUGACCUUGGAAAAAGGCAAAGGAAGACAGUCGAUGACAAAUUCUACAGCUACGCCCCCAAGGUCCAAACCUCCCAUGACUCCGAGAGCUUCCGCUGUGGGCGUGGCAAGUGCAAAUGUUCGAGGGAAGAGCAUAGAAAGAGGUGCGGUUGGUACCCCGCGAACACCUAAAGCUACAACUAGAAAUAAACCACCGGAUAAUUUAAGCUUGAGUUUGAAAAAGGACAACAAAGAUACCACCGUGAAGAAAACCGUUAGUGCACGUACGCCAAGUCAAACCAGAUCGAAUAUAACCACACCCACUGAUGAUGGGCGGUGGCCAUCACAAUACAGUCGCCCGGCUCCUUCCAUGACAAGAUCACUGCGAGGUAUUCUCCCAGCGAAUAUUGAAGCUAAACCCAAGGAAAUUAAAUCCACAUUGGAAAAGUAUGCAACUUUACCACGACGUAGAAGGGAACGUUCGGUGGAUCCCGGGGAACCACGCCCACGAUCACGUGAGACGUCCCUAUCACGACCUAAAACCAAUGUGAAAUCAACGCCCACGUCGAAAAAUCUCAUCCAAACAAAACAAAAGAAGAUUAAAACUAAAAUCUAUCAUGAAACUAGUUCACAGACUGCUUUGGAUUGUCAGGAUAUUGAGAAGGCCCUAGCUGGGAUUAAUUUUAACCCGGUGAAUCCUCAAGAUGUGGAAAAACAAGAUGGCGAUGUGCAGGUUGAUAUUCCCGAUGAGAGAAUGGCUAAAGUGACUGAACAAUUUACUACAUUACUGGCACAGUAUGAAGCACUCAAGGCAGAACAUGCUGCGAAGUGUAAAGAAGUAGAAGAUGUCAGGGGUGAGUUAGGGGCUGAACGCCAUGAGAAAGAUUGUCUGAAACAAGAGCUACGUACGAAUAACGAACGUAUUGUCGCUAUGAUGGGUGGAUACGGUAAUAAUACAGAUGAUUCGGACAAUUUGCAAAUCCUAGAAUCACGCCUCCAGCGCGUGUCACAAAUUAUAAUCAAACAAGAGGAAGAGAUUUCGAUGUUGAACGAAUGUCGACGCACAUUGCAGAGAAGAUGCGACAAAGCAGACGAAUCGAACCGUUGCAUGGCGCAACAACAUCAAGAACACGAGGAUUUACUAGAAUUUCUACAAAUCGAGAAAGCAUCACAGUCAGAUGCACUGAAAGAAGCUGAGGUGGAGUUGAAACGUACGCGAAACCUGCUCGCACAUAAGGAGCAAGAGUUGGAAGAUAAACAUGAGGAAUGCAAACAUCUUGUUAGAGGCAACGAGCAAAAACGGCAGGAGAAUCUUGGACUGCAAGCGCGUUACACUGCAUUGGAAGCAAAAUGUCGAGAGCUUUUGGUGCAUCAGGGUAGCACAGUUUCAGGAGCUGCAGUGGCUCUAACAUCGCUUAAUUCACGAUUGGAUAGUCUUGUUGAUCAAUUGACUAUUUCGUAUAACUUUACUGAUGAAGAUCUUGAUGAUGUAAUUUUCCAUAAUGAGGCUUAUAGUAACAGUAGUAGUAGCCUGGAUGCCACGCCUGACCAACCGAAGAAGUUCCCUCAUGAAAAAUCUCCAUCCCCGAAGCGUGGUUCAUCUUUUAUCGCUGCUGUUAUUGGGGCAAUCAAGAACGCAACCACAACCUCGCACAAUUUUAACCGAGAAAAUAGCAAGGACACUAUUACAGAUAAUUCUGAAUCUGAACUUCUCGAUUCUGAAACUGAGCCGUGUUUAAUGAUGGAACACGUGCUCGAAGACGUGGUGGUGCCUGAUUCUCAUUCAGUGAAUAUGAUCUCUUCCGGCCACAGUAUAAUCUCUUCUCUUCGGCUGUCACACACGGAAAGUCUAAACAGCCUUUCACAAGCAAUUCGUAACCGUGAGCGUUGUGAGGCUGCUUCUAAAUCCGAAAACAACACACUUUCAGACCUCUCUAGCCCUGCAUCUUUAGUUGAUCAAGUGAUCGAUGCGGAUAAUUUACUGACGCGUUUAUUGAAAAUUAUUCGGCUGAUUCAGACCGAAAACGAAGAAUAUAUGAAUGAAUUGCAGGACGAACGAGAUAGCUAUGUAGAGCAAAAUACUACGCACAGAGAGAGUAAUAAGAUUGUUGUCAAACAACUCAAAGACUGGGAGGCGCUGGGCGCCAAACUAAAGAGUGAAGUAAAGGAGUUAUUAGCGCAGUUAGCCAAGAAAAAUGUCGAAAUUGAGGAGAUUAAGAACGAACUGAAUGCACAGAGACAGCAAGUUGAGAAAUUAAACCAAGACGUAUGUGAAUUAUCGACGACACUGUCAAAAAGUGAACAGGCAAUGAAAAUCAAAGAAGAGGAAGCUGCGGAGGCCCUCAGAAAUUGGGAAAGCAACGGAGAACAACCAUCCGGAGUCAUUUUAGGUCGAUUAUUACUAUUGAAAAAAGAAGUUCCUGCACUAAAAGACAAAUUGGAAGCUAAAGAGAAGCGACUAUCUGAACUAACACAAGAAUACGUCGCCAAUCGGCAAGUCCUAACCGAAAACUUGCGCGAAGCCAUUGCGGAAGCGAAAAAACAAUACAAUGCCAUAGACGGCGCUUUAGAGACAUUGCACAGUAUACAAUCCGUGGUACAACAGUGCCCGACGUUGCUGCAAUUGCAGCGUGAGUUGGAAGAGACGAGCUUCCAGAGCGCCUCGGCGAUGCCAUUGGUCGUGCCACCCGAUUUCAACGCGAAUGCCGCCAACGUACUGCAAGCCAUAGGCUAGAUCCUUACCACCCCCGCCCAUUAACACCAGCUACACCCACCCGUAACGUAAUCGUUCAAUUAAUAACAUGGCGUCCAAACAUAACACAAACCAACAAAUAUGCGGUCAAUACGCACGUAACUUUAAAGUUAAACUAAAGAUAAGCGUCGUCAGUCUGUUAGCGUGUUUAGGAAGAGAAAAAUUAUGAACUUAAUGAUAUUUGAUCACAAUUUUUAGGCUAGGUUAGCGAAGACGACGUGACGUGGUGCUGUUUUGUGUGCGUCUGUCUUUUCCUUUUGUUUAUCGUUUUUACCUGUGAAGACUUUUCAAAUUUUUGUAUGUAUUGUAUUCGUUUUUUUUUAUUUCCACCCGAUGCGUUGUAAAUAAGUUCGAUUUUGGCGCUCGACUUUCGAUUUUUAUUACGACACGAAAUGAUUUAACGUAUGAUAACGAAAAAUCCUAUAUGACGAAAAAUAAAUCUAUCCAAAUAUAAGUAAA